AUGUAUUCUGAAAACGUGUUUCACGAAACCCGGGAUUUGCCUACAAAUGUAUUGACAUUAGUUGAUGACACGUUUUAUGAUUUUGUUGAACGACGUCUUGGCAUGUAUCAAUCAUUGUUAUUAAAAAUUCAGCAAAUAAAUUCGGUCCCAUGCUUUUUAUUAACAAAUGAUCCAUGUGAAGUUUUAAAUCUUAAUAUAGACGACGACGAUUUAAAUGUAUUAAAACGAAAAAUAUGUUUUCCAUUAUCAGAUGGUUCAUUUAUUGUCAAACCUGGCUUCAAAACAGGUUUCAUAUGUUUAAGAGAUUUAUUAUCGAAGAAAACUGAAGAAAGAUUAAAACAACUAAGAAGCACAAAAACUCAAUCAACAACAGCUGCUCCAAUGAACAAUAUACCAUCGUCGUCACCAUCAUUGACACCACCACGAACAACAAUUGCAUCAGCACCACAAAUAGCAGCUUCGCCAUCAUCUGAUAUAGUAGCGACACCAAUUAUGGAACAUCGACGAUACUUCUUGAAUUUAUUGAAAUUAUGGUGUUCGAAUCACAAGGACGACUUUCUAUCAGACUCAUUUGAUUUAAACGAAGGAAAAGAUUUCAUUCUAAAUGUUUUAUAUGACCAAAAUAAUGAUCUUAAAGUUAAUGUUAAAUGUAACUGUAAUAAAUCAAUAACAUUAGCAAUGAAAGAUGGUAAAAUGCAGCUCUCUAAUUAUCAGAAACAUUUACGCUCGACAAAUUGUAGUCAUAUAAAAGCGAUAAAAAAAAUGAAUGGAGAACAAAAAAAAAUCAGCCUUCAACAAUCAAAAGAUGCUUCAUCCUCCUCGACAUCUGUGACAUUAAAGCCAUCAGCACCAGUACAACAACAAUCUGCUUCACAAAGUCCUGUUUCUGUUGUAACUGGUGCAACGUCAUCUAUGAAUAUUCCUUCUGCAGAUGCACGAACAACAGUAUCACAAACAAAUUCUCGUAAACGUAGUCAUGAAUCAUCUCAAUUUUCAUCAUCGCAAAAAAGAAAAAAGAAUCGUACCUAA